GAGUGUGGAAAAAGCUUCAGUCAGAAGGGAAAUCUUACUUGUCAUCAAAGAAUCCACACAGGGGAGAAACUAUAUAAAUGCUUGGAGUGUGGAAAGAGCUUCAGUCAGAAGAAAAUUCUCACAUCUCAUCAAAGAACUCACACAGGGGAAAAACCAUACCAUUGUUUGGAAUGUGGACAAAGCUUCAGUGAGAAAGGAACUCUUACUUGUCAUCAAAGAACUCACACAGGGGAGAAACCAUACCAUUGUUUGGAAUGUGGAAAGAGUUUCAGUCAGAAGAAAACUCUCACUUGUCAUCAAAGAACUCACACAGGAGUGAAGCCAUAUCAUUGUUUGGAGUGUGGAAAGAGCUUCAGUAAGAGAGAACGUCUUACUUCUCAUGAAAGAACUCACACAGGGGAGAAACCAUAUCAUUGCUUGCAGUGUGGAAAGAGCUUCAGUCAGAAGUACUCUCUCACUGAUCAUCAAAGAACUCACACAGGGGAGAAACCCUAUAAAUGCUUGGACUGUGACAAGAGUUUCAUUCGGAAGAUAUCUCUCACUCACCAUCAAAUACAUCAUACAGGGGAGAAGCCUUAUUAUUGUCUGGAGUGUAAAAAGAGCUUCACUCGUAAGGUGACUCUCACACGACAUCAAAGAACUCACAAAGGAGAAACCACAGAAAUACUCGGAGUGUGA